ACAAUUACUAUUGUGUUAAGAAUGUUAUUCGGUUAAGUUGUUUCAAUUGAUGAUAGAAUUGAAGAAUUAUUCCUGAAAAUGUCAAACAAUGAUUAAAGUAUUUAUAAAAAGAAUCAAUAAAUAAACAAAAAUGAGUAAACUUACCAAAUCAGAUAUUUAUCAGGGAUUAUUUCCUAUUUAUCAUCUAAGUAAAGUAUCAGGUUUAUUACCUGUGAGAUUUGUUCACCAAAGAAAUGAUCGAUACAUAGGUCGUAUUCAUGUAAUUGACAUAGUUCUCAGUAUUUUUCUGCUCGUACUGUUUAUAGUUCUGGAGAUAUGGGGUCUUUGGAGAGAUCUUCGAGAUGGCUGGGUGAAUAGUACGAGAUUAAAACAUCAAACUGCAGUGAAUAUUACAGUUGGAGAUGUUUGUGCUGUUGCUCUUUUGGCGACUGUUGGAGUACUUGGUGCUCCCUUUCGGUGGAAGUAUAUUCAGGAAAUGAUUUCUCGUUUUGUUCAUGCUGAUGAUAAACUGGGAUUCAUUAAUUUGAAAAAAACCAGAAGAUUUGCUAUCAUUUUGGCAACUGCUACAAUAAUAUGCUUCAUAAUUCUUGCUUCCCUUGACAUUUACGUGUGGGAUGCUCAAACUAAAGCAAAAAGAAAAAUGUCAGAUAAAGGACCGAUUAAUUAUACGCCUGUUUAUUUUCUCUAUUUCCAAGCGCUCAUGAUUGAAAUUCAAUGUACUAUAGCUACUUACAAUCUUAAUGAACGCUUUAUAAGGCUAAACAAAAACUUGGAAAAUUUAUUGAAAAGCAUGAAAAAUACUUCUCGCAAAGAUAUUAGCCUUAUUGGAGAUCCUAUUAUUGAAACUGAUAAAAUUCCAGUUACUAUUUUAAGACCAGAGAUGCAUAGUAAAUCUGCAAAGAGAGUUUUCAGGACUCCUAAAAAACCAGAAUGGACUAAUGAAAGAGAUGCUGCUGAAAUAGCUGAUUCUUUAUCACAAUUGAUCAGUAUUCACUCGUCCUUGUGUGAUAUAAAUCUUCUCAUAAAUAAAGCAUUUGGGUUUCCAAUCCUUGUUGUAGGAAUCACUUGUCUUCUUCACUUAAUUAUUACACCAUAUUUCUUGAUGAUGGAGGCAAACAAUGAAAGAGAAGGAAUUUUUAUAUUUGUUCAAUGCUUAUGGUGUAUCCUACAUAUUUACAGAAUGCUUAUGGUCGUUCAGCCAUGUUAUGCAACAACUAAAGAGUCUAAGAACACUGCUGUUCUUAUCAGUCAACUUCUAACAUAUUCAUGGCAACCAGAUGUACGAAAACAAUUGGAAAUAUUUUCAUUACAACUUUUACAUAGGCCAUUAAAUUUUAGUGCUUGUGGAUUGUUUUCAUUAGAUAGAGCACUUGUUACCUCGAUGGCAGGUGCAGUAACAACUUAUUUAGUAAUAUUAAUACAAUUCCAAAAAGCUGAUGAUUCAAAAGAUAAUACAAAUAACAUGUUAAAAAAUGCAACAUUACUUUUAAGAAAUGUGUCAUCACUUCAUAAUACAACAGGAUUUAGGCUUUCAUAA